GAGUCGAUGAGCAAGGCAACAGAUUAUUGGUGGAACGAGAUCAACGAGUUCGGAAUAAUCGACAAAAGCUAUAAAUUCAGCGUUGAUAUGCUUGACAUCGGUCACUGGACACAGAUGGCCUGGGGGCCAACUUCGAAAUUAGGUUGCGGAGUAUCACAUUGUCCACGGAUGACAAAAGGAUAUAGGUCAACUAUUUAUGUGGUUUGUCACUACAGCGAUCGAGGAAAUUAUAAAGGAGAGCUGAUCUAUGAUUUCGGCAAUGGAUGCAACAGAGAUUUAGAUUGUGACGCAUUCCGCGGAUCGAAAUGUGAACCUGGAACCAAUCUGUGCAUUGCACCGUUAGCUAUCUGA